UGGUUUUUUCGGUUGCUGUUUUUUUUUUUUUUUUUUUUUUUCAAAUUCUUGCUGUGUCGGAAUUAGCGAGUGGUGGAGUCGCUGGAGCUCACCAGUCAUCGGGACUGUCAGGAAUAGUGGUUGGAGAGGAAGCUCGCUCGGCCUGGGGGUACUCCACCUGGUCAUCCAGUUCCCUGCCUCGGAGAUAAAGAUUCCAGCUACAUGGGCAAACGCUUGGAUCAGCCACAAAUGUACCCCCAGUACAGCUACUACUACCCUCAUUAUCUCCAAACCAAGCAGUCCUAUGCACCAGCUCCCCACCCCAUGGCUCCUCCCAGCCCCAGCACAAACAGUAGCAGCAACAACAGCAGCAACAACAGCAGUGGAGAACAGUUGAGUAAAACCAACCUGUAUAUUCGAGGCCUUCCACCAGGCACCACUGACCAGGACCUCAUCAAGCUGUGCCAACCGUAUGGAAAAAUUGUGUCCACAAAGGCAAUUCUUGACAAAAACACGAAUCAGUGCAAAGGUUAUGGUUUUGUAGAUUUUGACAGUCCCGCCGCUGCACAGAAGGCAGUAGCAUCUCUCAAGGCAAAUGGAGUUCAGGCACAGAUGGCCAAGCAACAAGAGCAAGAUCCAACAAACCUAUACAUCUCAAACCUCCCCAUUUCUAUGGAUGAGCAGGAACUGGAGAAUAUGCUGAAACCCUUCGGACACGUCAUCUCCACAAGGAUACUAAGGGAUGCCAAUGGAGUCAGCCGGGGUGUUGGUUUUGCCAGAAUGGAGUCUACUGAAAAGUGUGAAGUGGUAAUUCAACAUUUUAAUGGGAAAUAUCUGAAAACACCACCAGGCAUCCCAGCCCCCAGUGAGCCUUUACUGUGCAAAUUCGCCGACGGAGGGCAAAAGAAGCGUCAGAAUCAAAGCAAAUACACCCAGAACGGGAGGCCUUGGCCCCGGGAAGGAGAGGCUGGCAUGGCUCUGACAUAUGACCCCACAGCUGCCAUACAGAAUGGAUUUUAUUCUUCACCGUACAGUAUUGCAACCAACCGCAUGAUUCCACAGACAUCUAUCACGCCAUUCAUUGCUGCUUCCCCUGUCUCCACAUACCAGGUCCAGAGUACUUCAUGGAUGCCUCAUCCGCCAUACGUUAUGCAACCAACAGGUGCUGUGAUUACACCAACAAUGGACCAUCCUAUGUCAAUGCAGCCCACCAACAUGAUGGGUCCCCUGACGCAGCAGAUGAAUCACCUUUCAUUGGGCACAACAGGAACGAUUCAAUCCCAAGACAGGAUUAUGAUACUCCACCAGCUGUUGUGUCAGUAUAUGGCUGCUGCUGCUCCUAUGCAAGGGACCUACAUUCCCCAGUACACGCCUGUGCCUCCGACAGCUGUUUCUAUCGAAGGUGUUGUUGCUGAUACCUCUCCCCAGACAGUGGCGCCUUCAUCCCAGGAUACCAGUGGUCAGCAGCAACAGAUACCAGUGGACACAUCCAAUGAACAUGCACCUGCAUAUUCAUACCAACAAUCUAAACCAUAAACGGGACUGCAGAAUGUCCGUGGAAACUUUGCCUUGAAUGAAGAAUCUUCAUUGAACAAGAAGUUGGCUCCCAGUUUGCACAGGCGUCUGUAGAAGGCUUUUUGUGUCUUUUAAUUUUUUAAUUUUAUACUUUACUCAAUGAAAACAAAGUUUUUAUGUGCUGUGCAAAUGGUUCCUUCAUGUGGUCUGACAAUUUAUUUUUUUGCAAUCUUAUUUUUUUUAAUUAAAAAAAAUCCCAGAAGAGGGAAAAAAAUCAACAAAACAAUACAUCGAAAGUUGAUGUGUCAUCCAGAAGAAUAUUUGAAUUCAGAAUAUGUCUGAAGGUGUAGAUAGAUUUUUUUUUAACAGAAUACCUGAUGUCAAGAGGUGGGCAAGAGAAAAUGGAAACAAUUGUCUUCCUCAGUAAUUAAGCUACUCUUUCUGUCUUCUCCCUGGUUUAAACCUGGUGGUUUUUUUUUUUAUUUUAUUUUAUUUUUUCUUAGAAAUAUUUAGGUAAGGUUUAUCUUGAAUCUUAAUUGCCUUAAUUUUAAGGACGUCAGAGGCUCUCGAGGCAAGCUAUCAACGUCUUGUUAAAAAAAAAAAAUCAAGAAAGAAUUGAAAUAUUGUUCCGGCUUUAGCUGGUACAGAGGUUUAAGACUGAGUUUUUAGGGUGACAAAAACUGUACAGUUUAAGAGAAAAUGUUUUUCUUCAUUUGAAGAAAAUUUGUUGAUAACAGAAACCAUGGCAACUGCAAGAAUUUGGAAAAGUGCGGGGACUUUUCACGAACUUUGUCUUCAGUGUUGACAGGAAUCAUUCUUGAAGGCUAAACCCUUUUACGAUAAAGUUAUUAAUGUUGGUUUAAAAACAACUGCAUUAGAAAUAAUGCGUGUUUUGGGGGGCAGAAUGCAGAUUUUUUUUAAUUUACAAAGCGUGAUCGCUAGCAAAAGCAGUAGUGCUUUUUAUCUGCAGUCUUUUUUAUGAGCUUUACAGAGUUUUUAGUCAGCUUUGCUUGUCACAUUGCAAAAUCUAGCUUAAGAGCAUUAAAAAAAAACUUACGUAGAUAGGAGCUUAUGGUCAAAAAGUG